AUGCGGUCCUUUGACCACAAGUUACGCGUAGACAGACGAUUCCGCCGAGCUCAGAUUAGAGAUGAGAUUGUCGAGUCCUUGCUCGGUAUACUGGGCAUUGGGUUAGCGAACACCGUCUUUGGUAUGCUACAGAUACACGGGUAUUCCCGUUUAUAUCACUCUAUGAACGACGGACCUAGCCUGUGGUAUGAAGUCAUGCAGUACCCACUCGCGAUGUUCCUUACCGAAACUGGGGUCUACUGGCUGCAUCGCAUGUUUCACCUCCCAGUGCUUUAUUCUUAUACCCACAAAAGUCACCAUAGGUUCGUCAACCAUCCCCCACUCUUCCCCCAAAGAUAA